ACUCAUCAACUCACUUGGUCUCCUAAAUCCAUUGCUUAUAAAUUCUUCCUCUUAUUCCUCCUCCUAUACUCUCCUCACCCCACCAUUACUACUACUAGUAUAUCAAUCAAUAGAACUAUACACUAUAAUAAAACAGAAAAAAAGAUGACCACCCAAAAAACCCUCACUCUCUUUUUCUUUCUUCUCCUCUCUUUCAACACCUUCACUUCCUCAGUCACCAUAGAAGCCGAACCCGCUUUCGGAAACCCUAUCGACCGAAACUUACUCGGCCAAGACAAAGAACCAACACUAUCCCACUUCAGAUUCUAUUGGCAAGACAUAGUUGGAGGACCAAACGCAACUUCAAUCCCAAUAGUUCAACCAAUUCCAAAGUUCAACACAAGUUCCAGCUUUGGCUUGGUUAGGGUAAUAGACAAUGCUUUAACCAUAGGCCCAAACUUAACCUCCAAGGUUAUUGGAAGAGCUCAGGGCUUCUAUGUCUUGGUUUCGGAAACAGAGCUUGAUCUUUUAAUGGUGGAAAGCUUUGUAUUCUAUGAAGGGAGAUACAAUGGAAGCACCAUUGAUAUUGUUGGAAGGAACGUUGCUUUGAAUAAAGUGAGGGAGAUUCCUGUUGUUGGUGGAAGUGGGGUUUUUAGGUUUGCAAAAGGGUAUGCUGAAUUGAGGACUUUGAAAUUUGAUGCGGCUUCUGGGGAUACUCUUGUUCAGUACGAUGUUUUUGUUUAUCAUCAUUGAUGAUGAUUCAUGCAUCUUUUUCUCGUGUU